AUGGCGGCGGGCGCGCCUCCGGUGUUCAACCUGUUCAUCAUCAACAAGUCGGGCGGACUCAUCUACUACAAGGCGUGUCCCUCCCGCGUGCUGCCGCCCACUGAGCACGCACGCAUUCCAGCAUUCCGUGCCGCUGCUAAGAGCAUGAUGGCUGCUAAGAGCAUGAUGGCUGCUAAGAGCAUGAUGGCGACGUCCACAGCACUCGUCUCGCUCCUCCAUGACGCAUUCCAUCAUUCCACCUCGUCCAUUGCCGCUGCAAGAAUGCGUGCUCGUCACGUCGCGUUCACACAUGUUCCCAAUGCUGCAGAGCUCUGCUCGCCGCGUCGCCGCUCCACGCCAGAGGUUGCUGUGAAUGUUCGACAUCCCGCACGUUGCUUACCCUCCUGUCCCACUCGUCAAACGCCUUCGCACUUCCCACCUACGCCUCCUCCAUCCCCUCCCCUCGCUCUCACAAACUCCCAAAUCCCCCCCUUCUUCCCUUCUCCACCACAGCUGCAGCAGACCAUCAACGACUCUCCUAGUCUGUCCCUUGCUGUGCAACCCCUUCUCUCCCUUCCUCUCCCCUUCCCUCAACUCCCUUUCCCCCCCAACCCCCUUUCCACCCCCCCUUCCCCCCAAAAUCUUUUUCUCCAACUCCGCACCGUCCCCGCCCCUGCAAUGGCCCCCAACGACUUUGGUUCGUUGAACCGGCUGGACACGAACGACUCUCUGCGCCUGGCGUCCACGUGGCACGGGCUGCACGCCAUCGCCAUGCAGCUGUCGCCCAUCCCCAACGGUGGCGGCAUCGAGAUGCUGGAGGCGGGCACCUUCGACCUGCACUGCUUCCAGACGCUCACAGGCACCAAGUUCUUCAUAGCCACGGAGGUGGGCUUCACGGGGGCGCCCACGCUGCUCGCAAUCAUCUACGACCUCUACACCGACUAUGUGCUAAAAAACCCCUUUUAUGAGGUGGAGAUGCCCAUUCGCUGCGACCUCUUUGACCUGCAUCUGCCUGCUGCCAUCCGCAAGGACCGCUCUUUGCUCGCCGCUGGGGUCGUUGUGCCUGGCCGAUCAUAG